UCAGGUAAAAAUUUGUAAUUCAGGGAUAAGGUGCAAAAUGGACGAUAGUUUGGAGGGCAAAGUGCCAUUAUAUUAAUAAUAAAUUAAGGCCAAUUCUGAGAAAAAUUACAAAAAAACCUGAACAUAAUCUUUCAUAUUUCGUAUUUUGUGCAAACAACACACACAAGCUGAUAUUUACAAACAUUUGUCACAAAUUAUUAGAGAGACGAAUCAGUUGCCACUUCAAACCAACUCUUUUCCUUAAACCCUUGAGGACUCACGCCGAUCCAUCCACGGUGCUCCUGCUCGCCGCCGGCUAUUCUCCGCCGUCGCUGGGAAAGUAAUAACAUCCAAACAAUUUAUCAGUAUCUAACUUGUCGCCCCUGCCUCUCGGUGCAUCCUUCCGCCGCUACUAUCCGCUCACAUCUACAAACAACCCCAAUUUCGAAUUAGACUACCCCUGCAAGCUUUCACCUUUCACACCGCCGCCGCCGCCGCCACUCGUUCUUCUAGCCAAAAUAUCAGCCGCCACCUUAGAAGGUCGUCCAAUUGCUACGGAAAAAUGGUGUCGAAGCUAAUACAAAUAUCCAACCAUGAGGCGGAAAACCCGCUUGAUAUAACUCUGAGAGAGGCCUUCUCUCUUCUUGAACGUAAACUCAGACCCCCUUUUCCCCUCUCUAUCCCAACUAAAGAAGAGUACCAAAACCUCAACAGAGCAAUUCUUUACGGUAUUUUAUGCGAACCCCACCUCGCAAAGGUUCACAUUAAGCAUUUACACGGCAUUAUAACUGAUGGCUACCAGUAUUUCACGAGCUUGCUUGUCAAGAUUGUUAACGAAUUGUACGUCAAACUUGUCGAGCCUGUGAAAAGGCAGUUGAUUUGGCUGACUCAUGAAAUGGUUAAUGUGUCAGCUGUCGGUUUUGACGGUUUAUUAGUGGCUCUGUUGAGGCAGAUUGUCGGUGGGGAUUUCGGCGAAGAGAAUUUGCAUUUGUGUUUUGAAAUGGUCAACCUUUUCUCGAGUAAAUGGUUUUAUUUGCUAGAAGAGGAGCCCUUGGUUUUGACCGGCGCUCUAUAUGUAUUUCUAAGGUUAUUGACCGAUCACUUUAGGGUGUCCAAUAUUCCAAAUAUGGAGUCUUUGCGUAAAAUGGAGAGUGAUUUUUGCGUUAGAAUGUUGAGAUAUAAUUUUUCCUUGUGUUUGAAGAUCGGGAGGGAUCUUGUUCGACUUUUGCAAGAUUUGGUUCGUGUGCCACAGUUUUGUGCCGUAUUGAAAGACAUGUUGUACAAUCCAAGCGCCUUUAGAGUUGAUGGAUUUACGGAUAUAUCACAGUUGUACAAUACACCGACUCCAAGGUGGUAUUUUUCGCUUAGGUUGACUCCAGAGAUGGAAUCUCAGUUGACUUUUUUGCUGACUCGCGUGAAAUUCGGCAGCCAAAAGCGGUACCAGGUUUGGUUCGCAAAGAAGUUUCUUGUCCUACCUGAGAGAAACGCAGUUAUUAUUGACAUUGUGAGAUUUAUAUGCUGCGCCCACCAUUCGCCUAAUGAUGUCAUCCGUUCGGGUAUUAUUCCCAGAUGGGCUGUUAUAGGUUGGCUACUGAAGUCUAACAUGAAAAACUACGUCGAGGCAAAUACGAAACUUGCUUUGUUUUACGAUUGGCUCUUCUUUGAUGAAAAGGUGGAUGAUAUUAUGAAUAUCGAACCCGCAAUUUUGUUGAUGGUACAUUCCAUCCCCGAGUAUAUUGACAUCACAAAUUCUCUUCUUGAGUUUCUGUUUAUUUUGUUGGAUAACUAUGAUCCCGAGAGAAAGGAGAUUUUACACCGAGGAAUAUCAGCAGCUUUCAAUGCAAUUGUUAGAAAACACAUGGUUCAAUCACUCGACAUUUUCGCUAGUAAUAUGAUUUAUCCAAUACUCAAGGAAAGGCUAGGAAAACUUCUCAGACAUGCAGUACCAGAAGCACAGCACCAAAGCCGAAACAUAAAACUGGCUUCAUGAAAAUAGCUUGCAAAUUUUCAUCGAGCACGUUGUUAAGCUUGGAGAUCAGAGAAACUUAGAGCAUGAUUGGUAAUUGAUACUGCUCUUUAUGAUUUUUUUUUGCGGGCUAUCUGUUGCAUUUGUGUAACUCAAUUAGCAUAAUGUUUAUUUUGAUCGAUGGUUGUAUGGUCAGUCGACAUUAUACUUUAUUGUAUAAAAUUCGUCUAUUAUCAUUUUCAUAAAUUUCUCAAAACACGGAGAUCGAUGUUAUCAUAUUUUCACUGAAACUUAUUCAAAUACGAUGUUAUUAGGUCGAAAUCAUAUCAGACAGUCGUCAUUGUCACUGCUGUCUCCCGACCGACUAUUUGGUUUCUCUAACUUUUUUCUUCUUUUUUUUGUCGGAAUAACUACAAAAGAAUUAAUCGGCAUAUUCAUUUCACCUUAAGUCAUCUAGAUAUAUGGAUUUAAUCAGAUAAAUUUAGAAGUCUAAUGUUAUAUGUUGAUCGAGCAGGCUAUGA